AUGGGCGGGGCCGGGAGCCCGCAGCCAAUGCAGAGGCUCGGGGCGCGGCAGGUGGGGCGGGACCGGGGGGGCGUGGCCUCGGGGCGAGCGGGCGGGGCGGGGCGGCGCGGGCGGCGCGGGGCGGCGCGGGGCGGCGCGGGGCGGGGCGCGGUUCCGGGUCUCGGCCGCCGCGCUGCCGGCGCGCACUGGACCCGGGUGUGCUCGGGGAAGGCGUCCUGCAGGCGCUGCUGCUGCGGGCUGAGCCGGGCCAAGCCAAGCCCAACCGAGCCGAACCGGGCCGGGCCACCGCACCCCCGGCUCGCGCGCUCAGCCAUGGCUUUCGCCAAUUUCCGCCGCAUCCUGCGCCUGUCCACCUUCGAGAAGAGAAAGUCGCGCGAGUACGAGCACGUCCGCCGGGACCUGGACCCCAGCGAGGUGUGGGACAUCGUGGGCGAGCUGGGCGACGGCGCCUUCGGCAAGGUCUACAAGGCCAAGAACAAGGAGACGGGCGCGUUGGCCGCAGCCAAGGUCAUCGAGACGAAGAGUGAGGAGGAGCUGGAGGACCACAUCGUGGAGAUUGAGAUCCUGGCCACCUGCGACCACCGCUAUGUCGUGAAGCUGCUGGGGGCCUACUACUAUGAUGCCAAGCUGUGGAUCAUGAUUGAGUUCUGUCCUGGGGGAGCCGUGGAUGCCAUCAUGCUGGAACUGGACCGAGGCCUCACCGAACCCCAGAUCCAGGUUGUGUGUCGUCAGAUGCUGGAAGCCCUUGACUUCCUGCACAGCAAGAAGAUCAUCCACCGCGAUCUGAAGGCUGGCAACGUGCUCAUGACCCUGGAGGGGGACAUCCGGCUAGCUGACUUUGGUGUGUCUGCCAAGAAUCUGAAAACUCUGCAGAAGCGAGAUUCCUUCAUAGGGACGCCCUACUGGUGAGUCGCGCCACUCCAGGGGGCUGGACAUGAGCUGGAAACCCUGAGGUGACCUCUGGGUGGAGGUGGGUGGGCAGGCAGCCUGCCAUGGAAGGGUCCACUCGGACAGUGUAUUGUGUUUCUGCCUCAGUUUCCUCAUGGUAAGCCAGGAAGGUGACAGCACCUGCUUAGUAGGGCUGCUGUGAGUGUGGGCUAAACUGAAUCCCUGAAAAUCAGUUCUUGAUUUAUUUAACACAUAAAUACUGAGCGCAGGGCUCCAGCCAGGAGUGGGGUGCAAGGAUGAACCCACAAUGCAGAAUCAGUUCCUCCCAUUGCCGGAAGUCUCCCUGGGCGUUGGCAGGCCAUUGUGAUUCCUUUCUUCCCAAACUGACUUCAAAAUGAAACAAAACUCUCUUACUCAACUUCAUGCCUAAUGACUUGCUGUC